CACAGCCAAAGCUCAGCUCAGCUAAGCUAAGCUCUACUCCUACUAGUAGUCCCUCUUCACCCUCACUCUACCUCACCCUCCCCCGAGAAAACCCCAAGAAACGAUCAAAAAGAGACCGACCAGCAAGGCCGUAGCCUCAAAGAGCAGCCAAAACCACGGAGUUUUUACCAUCUAUCUUAGCUCUAGCUUAGCUACCUAGCUAGCGCCGGAGCAGUGAAAGAGAGAGUGAGAGAAGAAGAAGAGGAGGUGGAAAGAAGUGAAAGAAAUGGUGGGCUCCGGGGCGGCAGGGGGAGGGGGAGGUGGAGGAGGAGGAGGGGAUCACGCGCGCAGCAAAGAGGCCGCCGGGAUGAUGGCUCUCCACGAGGCCCUCCGCAACGUCUGCCUCAACUCCGACUGGACUUACUCCGUCUUCUGGACCAUCCGUCCUCGCCCGCGGUGCCGCGGCGGCAACGGGUGCAAGGUCGGCGACGACAACGGCAGCCUGAUGCUGAUGUGGGAGGACGGGUUCUGCCGGCCGCGGGUGGCGGAGUGCCUGGAGGACAUCGACGGCGAGGACCCCGUCCGCAAGGCCUUCAGCAAGAUGUCCAUCCAGCUCUACAACUACGGAGAAGGGCUGAUGGGAAAGGUGGCGUCUGAUAAAUGUCACAAAUGGGUCUUCAAGGAACCUUCUGAAUGCGAGCCCAACAUCGCCAACUACUGGCAGAGCUCUUUUGAUGCCCUUCCUCCCGAAUGGACUGAUCAGUUCGCCUCUGGCAUCCAGACCAUAGCAGUGAUCCAAGCUGGCCAUGGCCUUCUUCAGCUUGGCUCUUGCAAGAUCAUACCGGAGGACCUGCACUUCGUGCUGCGGAUGCGGCACAUGUUCGAGUCGCUCGGCUACCAGUCGGGCUUCUUCCUCUCCCAGCUCUUCUCCUCCUCGCGGGGGACCUCGCCGUCGCCGUCGUCGUUCCCGCUUAAGCAGCAGCAGCCGCCGCCGCCGCAGCUCUUCAACUGGCCGGGCCACGCGCCGCCGCAGCUCCCGCCCGGCGCGUCGCCGCUCUUCCCGCCCGGGCCGGCCGCGUUCCACCCGUCGUCCCGGCCAAUGCCGCCCUUCCCCGGCGGCGGCAAGGAUGAGAGCCACCUGUUCCAUCUCCCGCCGGCGGCGGCGGCCAAGCAGCCGCAGCACAUGGACGAGCACCACCACCACCAGCAGCAGCCGAUGGCGGCGCCGCAGCAGCACGGCGGGGAGGCGCCCGAGGGCGACCUGAAAUGGCCCAACGGGCUGUCGUUCUUCACCGCGCUCACCGGCCGGACCGAGGACGCGAAGUUCCUCUUCGGCGGCGGCGGAGGCGGCGGCGCGGACGACGGGAGCAAGACGGCGGCGGCGGCGCAGGACGCGGGGCACGGCGGCGCGGAGAACGUGGAGGAGUACCUGAGCCUGGAGAGCCACUCCAACAAGGCGAGGAGGAUGGAGAGCGCCCAGAGCACCAAGUUCAAGAGGAGCUUCACGUUGCCGGCGAGGAUGAGCUCGUCCACCACGUCGACGUCCCCGUCGGUGUCGGCGUCGACGGCGCCGGCGCCGCCGCAGCAGCAGCAAGGGAUGGAGUACAGGGGCCCACACGAGGGCGGCGUCUACUCGGACCUAAUGGAGACGUUCUUGGAGUAGCCUAAGCUAGCUUAGCUAGCGACCACACCAAGCUAGCAAACAUGGAAGCAUGAUCAUGAUCAAGUGUUUGUUCUUGUCACCUCUUAGUUUUUUCCUUCUUUUCUUUCUCCCAAACUAUGUUUAAGCUUUUGAGCGGUCUGGUUUGGAGUUUGCUUCUGUUUAAUUAAUUAAUUAAUUAGAUCAUGUAGUAAUCCUUUUUGUUCCUCCCUAGUUGUACUAGCUCUCUCCAAGUGCAAAAACAUGAAACUUGAUACUACAUGGGGAGCGUGCAUGCAUGCAUGCAAAGAUGGGCAUGAGUUUGCUUC